AUGGAGUCCAACGAGCCCCAAAAACACAAGUCCCUCACACCUCAGCGUAAGCACCACAAGCUGCUCAAGGAUGGCAGCGAAGUGUGGUCCCAGGAGGUCGAAGUGCUUUUUGUUGACGGUCUGCACAAGUAUUGGGAGUCGCCCUGGGCCACCUACUCCCGCGGCCGCAGUCGCUGGCGCAACCAGUUCAUGGUGGACCACUUGAAGAAACAUGGCAUCGAGCGGUCAAAGAAGCAAGUCGCGAGUCACAUCCAGGUACUGCGCAACAUGUGGAGAGGCGAGCCACAGUUUCACCUCGUCGCCGGCGGAGAAGAGCUAUUUCAAGAGAACGGCCUUCUCGCAUCGCCUAAGCACAAUGAGGGCACCAUUUCGCCUGAGUCCUCGCCGCCGGCCAUCCUCGACUCGCCCGACUGGCGUUCUUCGUGGUCUUCCUCAGCGUCGUCGGCGCCCGACUUCUCUACCUUUCCGAUGAACUUCGGCGCGUCGACUUCGGCGCAGUGUCUCAGCCCCCCUGCGCGUACCAUGUCCGUGCAUCACUCUGACCCAGCGCUCCCGUCCUUUGCGCCCGGAGCGGACUAUGCCACCGUCACGCCCGCUAGCAUCGCUCGUCCGCGCUCCUCGUCGGUCCACCUCGAACCGCUCACUCUUGGCCCGUCGCUGUUUAAUCUUCCGCAGAGCACCAUGCCUGACACACCCGACUUCACCUUCAUGCCUCUGACGUCCCUGUCGCCCAACCGGCUGUGCAAUAUCAACCUCUGGACCGACAGUUCGCCGAUGUGCCUCAUUGACAUCGACAAGCUUACGUCCGCGUCCGGCACUCCCUCAGCGUCCGGGCAGCGUCCGCCGCCCUUCCGGAUACUGCUCCGUCUGCACUUGAAGUAUCCCUCGCACGACGUCCACAACCUGUCUGCCUUCCAGGGCUUCCACGCGAUGGUGUCUUUCGCGGCGCCCUGGGCGUCCUCGGCAAAGUGCCACACCAAGACGUGGGCAGGCAAGACAUGCACGAGCCACGAGGUCGGUCUACUCGAGCAAUUGAAUCCUCAGCAGCCGCAAGCGAUGCUGCCCGGUGGUGACGUCCCGUCGUCCAUGCCCAUCGCUCACCUCCCGCAAUCAGCCCUGACGCGGUGCCGGUGGCUCGAACCCAUGGUCCAGACCAUCUCGCAGCAGAUUGUCGUUGACAGGGAGGUCCUCGCGGUCAUCCUGUACACCAUUGACCGGUCUGCGCCCGCGACGCACGCGCCGGCUGUUGAGCUCAUUGGGUUCCACAAGUACCCGUGGCGCUCGGCGUCCAACCCACAGCCUCUGGCAUCCCCGCCCAUCUCACCUGUGACAUCGUUCGCGUUUCCCGGGUAUGCGGGUCCUCCCACCCCACCGACAUCGCAACAGCAGCUGCAGCCGCCACCACCGCAUGUCCCAGGAACCGGCAGUGACUUCGUGCUGCCAUCCGGUAUGGACUUCAGCCACACGGCGACAGCGCGCGGUCCCAGCCGCAUUGGAUCAAGGGACGUGCAGAAGUUUUUCUGA